UGUCAAUGCCACUUUUGAUUUCAUUUGACACUUCACAAGCUUAACUGACUUCACCCUAUAUUACUUGCUCUGUGACUUCACCUUGGACCUCACUGAAUUGAAGAAUGAAGUUAGUUAUAUAGUUCGGAAUGUUGUCAUCAAUACGGUUAUUAAAUCGCACAUGUGCCUGUCUGCGGUUUCAAAAGCGUUCAAUCGAACUGAAGCCAAACUCAGAAAGUCCAUUGCGACGCCUGCUUCGCGAUGCAAGUGCAUUUGGUGAAGCAGACCCCACAAAAGCGCCAGAGGGCGAGUUGCUAUGGGCAACACAGCCCUACGCGACAGGCGUCCAAGAGUCUCUCCCUCACCAGGUCGACCCUACGGAGACUACGGUGUUACUGUUCCCUGGUCAGGGCUCGCAGCGCGUUGGCAUGGGAAAGUGCCUCGACAAUGUGCCCUCUGCUAAGGAACUAUAUGAACUAGCUUCUAGUGUGGUUGGUUGGGAUGUGGCGCGAGUUUGCCGCGAAGGCCCCGAGGAGGAGCUGCAGAGGCGCUGCCAGACCGCCGUGCUGGUGACGUCGCUGGGCGCGCUGGAGCUGGCGCGCGACACGCGGCCAGGCGCUCUCGAGCGCGUGCGAGCGGUCGCCGGCUUCUCGCUCGGCGAAAUCACUGCCAUGGUUUACGCGGGAGCCUUGCAGUUGGAACAGGCCCUGCGCCUCGUCGAGGUGCGGGCGGCGGCCAUGGAGGCGGCGGCGCGCGAGCGGCCGGGCGGCAUGCUGACGGUGUGGCUGGCGCCGGACGCCGCGCUGGGCGCGCUGCUGCACGCGGCGCGCGCUGCCGCGGGCCCGGACAGUGUGUGCCAGGUCGCCAACUACCUCUACCCCGGCUGCAAGGUGCUCGCCGGCGAUGAAGAGGCGCUGCGGUACGUGGAGCGCGAGGGGCGGCGGCUCGGCGUGCGGCGCAGCGCCCGCGUGCGCGUGGCCGGCGCCUUCCACACGCCGCUCAUGGCGCGCGCCGAGCUGGCCGUGCGCGAGGCGCUGCGGGCCGUGCACGUGGCGGCGCCGCGCGUGCCGCUCGUGUCCUGCGUGGACGCGCGUGCCGUCAGCUCGGCGGCCGGCGCGCGCCGCCGCCUGGCGCGCCUCACCGCCGCGCCCGUGCGCUGGGAGCAGGUGCUGCACGCGCUGUACGCGCGCCCGCGCGACACGCCGCAGCCGCUCACGCUGGCGCUCGGCCCGGGCGCCGCGCUGCGCGCCACGCUCAAGCUGGUCAACGCGCGCGCCUGGGACGCCUCGCUGCACGUCGACGUCUAG